GAGGCCACGAAGUAAAUACACACAUGAUGACAUCUCAAAAAACAAUCCAAAGCACAGCAUGACAACUAUUUUCAUUGAAAUUGGUCACAUUUCUUUUUAGAUGUCAUUAUAACGUCAAAAAUGGCUGAUGCUGCAGCAGCUCGUCGCGAGGCUAGGAGGAGAAGAAUAUUGGAAAAUUCUCAUAACAGACUUCAACUGAUAUCUGGAAAAAGUACUGAAGACUGUUCCAGAGGUUCUCCGAUCAGAACAACGGUUGCCGAUCAAGACAGUCACAGAUUUUGUAUUAACAAUGGUGUGAUUGUGACGGAGCAGGAAAGUCUUGAUUCGAUUCCCUCGAUACCUUUGAUUACUUCGUUAACCAGUGAUGUGCCAGUGAGUGAAGGUGAGGUUGUUAAUGACCUGGCAUUUUCCGCGCCCCGCGCACAAGAGACUGUUCAAACACCGCUGUUGGAGAAAAUCGUGGCACACAAGUAUGACAUAGUCAUAUUGUCAUUGUUUAUUCAAUUUGUGUACAGUAUGGUGUUGGUGACAGACACUACAUAUUUUUUCUUACCAGUCAUAAUGUAUUCACUUACAAAAAUGAUGUAUUUUCCAACGAAAAGCAAUUCUAACAUUGCAAAUGCACUGAUGCUUUUGAAUCACAUGUCUUCAAGCAGUAUGCAGAGAGUUAUACAACUCAUGCAAACUUCAAGCUAUGUAUUUGGUGAUGUCUGCAUAUUUUUGUUUGUCACUAUUUGCAUACAAUCAUUGUGUUAUGUUGUGGAGGACAGUUUGGUUACUUAGUGAUUACUGUUGUCUCACAUAAUGGAGGGCAUUACAUUGACUGAGCAGUUUCUAACAAUAGCCUGCUAGAAUUAUUUAGGUUGCAUUCAAAAUUCAACUUUAAUAUCAUGGUUCUUUUUGUCUGUCUGUUAUUUCAAUACAAUUGUCAUUUUUAUAGAUUCAUUAUGUAAAAUAUUAUUUAGACAAUAAUUUUGUAAAUAAAUGUCCAGUAAUUCAUAAAUGCAAUAAUGGAAAGCAAUUUUUAAAAAUAUUUCACUGCCAUAUAACCAUAGAAGGGAGCUUACAGUUUGAUGGAUCCAAUUUUGAAAAAUUAUCUUUUACCAGAAAUUAAUAUGGUUACACUUAAUAAAAAAUAAAUGUAUGCUUAAAAAUUAAACAUAAAGUUUAUUCACAUUAGUUAGAGCUAUGAUUAACUUAUGUCAAAAACUGUGUAAUCAUUAAUUUUACCUCAACUCUAAAAGUGACCAUAAUAGGAAAAUAUAAUUCUUCCUAAAGUAAUGAGCCCAAAGGCUGUAUUUUUCUAUAAAUAUAUUUAUUUAAAUAUCAACAAAAAAAUUGAUAUGUAAAUUAUUGUAUUCAUUUAAAUGUAUAGACUUAUGUCACACCUCACCUACACUUUUAAUUAUAUCAAUGCACUAUUGCAAACCUGGUUUAUGUAAAUGGCAAUGUUUAGUAGACAAAUCAAUGCUGUAAUAUAAUUACAUAUAUCUGUAACACCUUUUUAAAUAAUACACUUUUAUUUGAACAUAUUUCAG